GACGUUGUACGUGACGCGACGCCAUCAUUAAACAUGGCUGACAAAGAAAACACAAACAUGGAAGUCGAUAAGGAACAAAAUAAACCCUUUGCUAACAAAGUUAAGCCACUCGUUGACGAAGUUACUCAAAGAAUAGGCAACCAGAACCAUAUUGAAGGCAAAAAAAACGUCGAUGAAAGCCGCGCCACAACGGAAUAUUGCGAAAAGCUGCAGGCGUGGAUGUGGCAGUACUACACAGGAUAUGUGACUUGCCAGAGCUGGCUGGCAGCGUCAGCCAUGUCCUACCCUUAUUAUUUACAGCCAGCCAGUGGGACGUCGACGGCACCUCUUGAUAUCAACUCUCAGAACUGGUAUAACAGUCCGUUUGGUCUUCCGUUGUCGCCUUAUCUACAUGGUGUCAACUCCCGGAGCAGCCGGGCAGGUGAAGCAGCUGGCGGGGCUGCAGUGACCGCUCAGCCGCAGCAGCCGCAGCAGAAUGGAAAUGCACAGAGACCAGGUCGGGAGUAUAGCAUUCCUUCACCUCUCCAAAGAUUCCUGGCUGAGAUGGUGGAUUUCUUCAUAUUGUUUUUCAUCAAAGCAACCAUAAUAAUCAGUAUUAUGCACCUGAGUGGAAUCAAGGAUGUUUCCAAGUUCGCCAUGCAUUUCAUAGUGGAGGAAAUAGAUGAGGACACAUCAAUGGAGGAGCUACAGAAAAUGAUGCUUGUUGCACUUGUGUACCGGAUAUUAGUGUGUUUUUAUGAGAUUGUGUGCAUUUGGGGAGCAGGAGGAGCCACUCCAGGAAAGUUUUUAAUGGGACUCAGAGUUGUUACAUGUGACUCAUCAGUUCUGGUUCUGCCUAACCGGGUGCUUGUAGUGCCAGCAACUAAUGUCUCCCUGUCUGCAUCAACUGUCCGAGCCUUGAACAAGAACUUCUCAAUUGCCUUCUUUUUCCCGGCCUUCAUCACGCUUCUGUUCUUCCAGCACAACAGGACUGUGUAUGAUAUGGUAGCUGGUACAAUUGUUGUAAAGCGCAACAGGGCCAGAUGACGCAGAAGAACCCAGAAGAGAGUCUUACACUAAUGCUGAGCAGGCAAUGUGUGAUGUUUUUUUUAAAUUUUUAAAAAAAGCCUGCAGAACUCGGACUUCGUCCUUUCAAGGUAUCGUCAAAACAAGCAGGAGCAUUCAUAUGGUUGCUGAGAGUUUGAUACACAUCAGUAUGAGCUAUUACAGUUCCCUACAACUUGGGUUUGGUUUGUCUCGGACACAUACUGUAUUUCUGCGUGUAUGUCUACAUGCUGCUUUCAGAAUCUGUUCCUGUGCCAAAUUGAUGUCUCCUUUGAAGACCGGAAAAAUUAUGGUAUAUGCUACCUUUUCAUUAACACAAGAUUUGCAUCUUUUUAAAUACUCUUCCAGAUUAAGGGUGAAUGUCUCCAAUCACUCAGUAUUUAAAUCACUAAUCAUGCAUUCAUGAGAUUAUACCUUCAGUAUCUCUUUGUAUUAAAAUUUUGAGUUGUAUGCUCAGACUUUCAAUUUUUGAGUUGUUGACCUUCAUCACUGCAGGAGUGAUGCAUCAUGCUCAGCCUUUUCAGCAGCUGAAAUACUUUGGUUCUAAGGCACAUUUAAAUGUAUCGAAGGGAAAUGUAAACCUGAAAACAAUUGCUCUUCUUUUACUCUGACAGCAUGCGUGUGACUGAAAAAGUAUGACACAUUUUAUGUGAUUAACUGUUUUUUGCAUUUAAGAUUAAAUGAAACCACUAAUUCCCUA